AAGGCUGCGAACGCUACACCCGGAAGUCUCUUAGGCGAUAUAGGAAGCUGUGCUGGUGGGAACCUCAGCAUUAUGGGUCGCAACAAGAAAAAGAAGCAGCGAGAUGGCGACGACCGGCGUCCCCGGCUCGUCCUCAGCUUCGAUGAAGAGAAGCGGCGGGAGUACCUGACUGGCUUCCACAAGCGGAAAGUGGAGCGGAAGAAGGCAGCCAUCGAGGAGAUUAAGCAGCGGCUGAAGGAGGAGCAGAAGAAGCUCCGGGAGGAGCGCCACCGAGAAUACUUGAAGAUGCUGGCAGAGAGAGAGGAGGCGCUGGAGGAGGCAGAUGAGCUAGACCGGCUGGUGACGGCAAAGACAGAGUCUGUGCAGUAUGACCACCCCAACCACACAGUCACCGUGACCACCAUCAGCGACCUGGACCUCUCUGGAGCCCGACUGCUCGGACUACCCCUGCCUGAGCCAGGUGCUGGGGACGGGUCCAAGGAGGAGAUGUCGUCUGUGGAGAAACCAACCAGAGCCUUACCCAGGAAGUCCAAAGACCCCCUGCUGUCUCAGCGGAUCUCCUCCCUCACAGCGUCGCUGCAUGCCCACAGCCGGAAAAAGGUCAAGAGAAAACGUCCCCGACGGGCACAGGAUUCCACCAAGAAGCCCCCGAGUGCCACCCGCACCAGCAAGACCCAGCGCCGCCGGCUGACAGGCAAAUCCCGGCAUAGCGGGGAGUGAGCCCGAUGGCCGUCCUGUAACCUGCGCACUGAGGCGGUGGCUCCACAGCCAAACUUGAGGGCCUCUCAGGCCUGGGACUGUCCUUGUCCGAGGACCACUCUGGGGCCUGAACCCCGGAAGGAGCAGGCAGCUGAGAGCUGGCCCCAGCAGGGGCCUUCAGAGCCAGGUCAGGCAUCUCCCCAAAUGUACCCCUGUCUGGAACUCAUCAGAUUUGUGAAACUCCAAAUGUGUGCCUUGUGGUUUGGUCAGGAAAGGCCAAUCUUGGGGUGAAUUUGGGGCCUGUCCCCCCUGGCUGGAUGCUGGUGUGCCCCCAGCCCUUGCCCCUCCACCCUAUUCCCAGGUCACUUGUCACCACGUCCCAAGGGCGUGGUGGAAAUGGCUGGGGCGGGGGCCCAUCAUUCUCUGGCAACUCUCCCUGAGGGUGCGCUAAGGUCGUGUUAGCCCUGGGUCCCUCUUGCAUGUCCAUGGCAAAGUCCAGAGUCCACCUGCUGCUCUGGGUGGCUGGACAGUGGCAGGCCCUGCACUCCUCUCAGACUUCCCCGGGCCUCAUCAGGCUCCUCAGCUGGAGCUGAGGUGAUGGAGAGCCCAGAUCUGGGACCACUUCAGGCUGCCAGCAGCUCCCAGGGCCCAACAAAGGAGCAUUCGUUGAUCCUUGA